CCACCAUGUCCGGCCGUAGGGAUUUCCUGAACCAGCCCGCCCCCGAGAACUAUGUUGCCGGUCUUGGUCGUGGUGCCACAGGCUUCACUACACGUUCAGAUCUAGGACCGGCGCGUGAAGGUCCUUCGGAGGAGCAGAUCAAAGAAGCGCUUGCGAAGCGCGCGGCGGCCCUUGGCGCACCCGCCCCAACCGCGUACGGCGCAACUGGCAAGGCCGACGACGAUGAAGACGACGACCGAUACCAAGACCCCGAGAAUGAAGUUGGUCUAUUCGCCAACGGAACCUACGACCGCGACGAUGACGAGGCAGACCGUAUAUACCAAGAGGUUGACGAGCGGAUGGACAAGCGGCGCAGGCAACGCAGGGAGGCUCGCGAGAAGGCAGAGCGUGAAGAAUACGAGCGCAACAACCCGAAGAUUCAGCAACAAUUCGCGGACUUGAAGCGCGCACUCGGGAGCGUCAGCACGGAAGAAUGGGCAAGUUUGCCCGAAGUUGGAGACUUGACGGGCAAAAACCGGCGGCAGAAGCAGAACUUGAGGCAAAGGUUCUACGCUGUACCUGACAGCGUGCUGGCUGGCGCCCGGGAUUCCACACAACUGGACACGAGCAUAGCACCGGACGCGGAGAGUUCAGAUGGAACUAUGACCAACUUCGCGGACAUUGGAGCUGCCCGUGAAAAGGUGCUACAAGUCCGUCUAGACCAGGCGACUCAUGGUGCUGGAACUGAGUCUACCGCUGGAACUUCGACGAGCAUAGACCCUAAAGGAUACCUCACGAGCUUAACAAAGUCGGAGCACGACCCUAAGGAAGUCCAGGUAGGCGAUAUCAAGCGUGUCCGGGAACUGCUGGAAUCGGUCAUCAAGACAAACCCGAAGCACGGUCCUGGUUGGAUUGCUGCAGCGCGUCUUGAGGAGGUUGCCGGCCGCAUAGUCGCUGCAAGGAACGUCAUUCAAAGAGGUUGCGAGCACUGCCCGAAGUCUAUUGACUGUUGGUUGGAAAGCAUCCGCCUCAACGACAACCAUAACGCGAAAAUCAUCGCCGCCAGUGCUAUCAAACACAACAGUACGUCUGCGCGGCUCUGGCAAGCUGCUGCUGAUCUGGAAACCGAUUUACGGGCAAAGAAGAGGGUAUUCCGUCACGCCCUGGACAACGUGCCGCAGAGCGUCGACCUUUGGAAAUCCGCCAUUGCACUGGAAGAGGACCCUGCCGAUGCGCGCCUAAUGCUUGCUAAGGCUACCGAGAUUAUUCCGCUUUCUGUCGAGUUAUGGCUCGCACUUGCACGCUUGGAGACGCCCGAAAAUGCGCAGGUAGUCCUCAACAAGGCCCGUAAAGCUGUUCCCACAAGCCACGAAAUCUGGCUUGCUGCUGCGGCUUUGCAAGAGCAACUUGGCAAGACGGAAAUGGUGUUCAAGGUCAUGGAGCGUGCUAUCAAGUCUUUGGCAAAGGAAUCUGCCAUGCUUAAGCGCGAGGAAUGGAUUACGGAAGCUGAAAGAUGCGAGGAUCAAGGAAUGAUUAUCUGUUGCCAGGCUCUGAUCAGGGAGACCCUUAGCUGGACCCUAGACGAAGACGACGACCGCAAGGAAAUUUUCAUGGAGGAUGCGCGCGGAAGCAUUGGAAGAGGCAAGUAUGAGACUGCCAGGGCCAUCUACGCAUAUGCGCUUCGCAUCUUCCCCACUUCAAAGACACUCUGGUCGGUGGCUGUCCAGCUCGAACGCAAUCACGGAACCAAGGAGGCGCUCUGGAACCUGCUGGAAAAGGCCGUGGAAGCGUGUCCCAGUGCGCAGGAGCUCUGGUUGCUGUUCGCGCGCGAGCGUGAGCAAGCCGGACAGAUCGACGAGGCACGCGACGUGAUCAAGCGGGCGUUCAGGCAGAACCCAAACAACGAGGACAUCUGGCUGGCGGCGGUCAAGAUGGAGGCCGACAACAACAAUCCGGAGAAGGCGCGCAACCUGCUGAUGAUUGCGCGGCAGGAGGCAGGCACUAACCGUGUGUGGUACCGCUCUGUGGCGUACGAGCGACAGCUGGGCAACCUGGACGCGGCGCUUGACCUAGUGACGCAGGGCUUGCAGCUUUUCCCCAAGGAACCGAAGCUCUACAUGCAGAAAGGCCAGAUUUACGAAUCGCUCAACAAGCUGCCGCAGGCGCGCGAGGCUUACACAACGGGUACUCGACAAUGCCCGCAGUCCGUGCCAUUGUACCUGCUGUUGUCACGCCUGGAAGAGAAGGCGGGCGUGGUAGUCAAGGCACGUUCUGUGCUCGACCGGGCGCGACUGGCCGUCAAGAAGAACCCGGCGUUGUGGACGGAAUCAGUGCGCCUGGAGCGGCGGGCUGGCAACUUGCAGGCGGCUCAGACGGUCAUGGCGCAAGCACUGCAGGAGGUGCCGCACAGCGGACAGCUCUGGAGCGAGAAGAUUUGGCACCUGGAGGCGCGCACGCAGCGCAAGCCGCGCUCGCUCGAAGCCAUCAAGAAGGUCGACAACGACCCGGUGCUGUUCGUAGCCGUGGCGCGCAUUUUCUGGGGCGAGCGCCGACUGGACAAGGCAGUGGCAUGGUUCGAGAAGGCAAUUGUCCUCGAUGCAGACCUCGGCGAUACCUGGGCUUGGUACUACAAGUUCUUGUGCCAGCAUGGUACGGAUGAGAAGAGGGAGGAUGUGGUCAGUAAGUGCGUGCUUAGUGAGCCGCGCCAUGGCGAGGUGUGGCAGGCCGUGGCGAAGGAUCCGAAGAAUGUGGGCAAGGGCGUCGAGGAGGUGCUGAAGCUCGUGGCUGCGAAGAUGGAGUAGUGUGUGUGGGUACUCUUACUCCUACCUUCGUAGAGGCGUCGGCGCGGGCGGGCUUGGCUUGUCUGAGUCUUUUGCUUCUCGAUAUGAUGAUAAUGGAUCAAGCCGCGGAUGCGGACUGCUACUGCCACUGCUUAUCCCGUUUGGUGUUUUGAUUUGGACUUUUAUUACAAAUGUCUUGGAGCAAAGAUCAGUGUCCUCUACAAUUAGUGAGGAACCCGGAUAAUUUGCCUACCCUAUACGGUGACAUACUUGUAAAUGUAU